CUUGAAUUGCAGAAUCCGAAUCAAACACGAAGAUGAAUGCAGAUGCAACUUUCGCACCGUUCCCUUUCUAAAAUCCAUUAAUAUUUUCUCUCAUUUUCUCACACUUUCUCUCUGAACUUUCUUCAAUGGCAGUUGCAGCUUUCAAAUCCUCUUCGCGAAGAGGAACCCAAUCCUCUGCUCCUUCCAACGCCUCUUCUUCCUCUGGCAGAUCCUCCACUAGAGCUCCCAACCCCACUCGCAGGUCGAGGAGCGUGAGCGCGUUCGCUAGGGGUAGUUCGGCCAUUUCCACUGAGUUCCUCAACAAGAGGGAUAAUCCUCUUUUCGACGAAACGCAGUCCGCGAAAACUGUUCUAGAAACUUCCACGGCGCGUGGAGCGGCGCGAAGUGCCGAACCCGCGCGCAGGGAAUCAGGUCGGGCUCUUUCCAGAGCAGAAUCAGGUCGACGGACGCGGUCAGCUUCGCAGUGCCCGGUUUCAAGGCGGCAUCUGAGCUAUUCUACUUCUGAGAGCGAGGUUGAAUGUAAAGAAGGGAAUGAUUUGAAGUUAGUGGGGAGUAAUAGAAAAGGUGAUUUGGUGAGAAGAAGUGAGAAUGGUGUGACUGAUCAAGUGAAGGAUUUGCACACAUGGUCUAGUCGGCAUUCAUCUGUUGAGGUCUCAGAUUGUUUUGCUGCCACUCUGUCUGGUUUGCAAACUCAAACCUGUGAUGACGAAGCAUCAACAGCAAGUUCUGGAUUUGGUUCUGAUGAGAAAACUAUAAAGGCAGUUUUUGAACAGAUGAAGUCAGUACAAGGAGAUCUGCCGGAAGCCAGUGAUAUAUAUGAAACAGUUCGUUCUGAAGUGAGGCGUGCUAUUUCUGAGAUUCAGAUUGAACUUGAAAGUGCUAUCCAAAAGAGAAAUGUUACUGCCAUCUCUGUUAGUAAUGUGGCUGAUAUUCCUCCUGACUCGGUAAACCCUGGUGCAAUAGAAUUGGUUUUGGAGAUUAGAAAAGAGUAUGCCAAAAAGCAUGAAGAGUCCCAGCAGCGAGCUAGAAAUCUUCGAGCAGAACUGGCCAUUGAAGAGCACCGUGAGCGGGAACUGGAUAGAAUCUUGAGAGAAGUUCUUCCAUCUCCCAAGACCCCUAUUGUACAAAAAUCUCGUACAGCAAGAAAAUCGUCUAGCUUUGAAAGAAGGAGGAUGUCAAAACGUCUUGCAGAAGAUGCCAAAGCUUAUUUUGAUGAGUGUGUCUCGCUAUCAACUUUUGAUAGUUCUGACUUUUCAUCCCAAGAGGAUCCCUCACUCAAUUUGGUUGGUCCACCUACUCCAUCUGGCAGCCAUGUAUGUUUAACCGAGGAAUCAGGCACUCGAGGACAAUCGAUGAAUAUCCAUUAUGGUAUUUCACAAUCUCCUGCCAACAAUGAUUCUGUGGGAGCUUUUCAUGGUCCAGUCAGUUCAACCUCUGACAUCACAGAAACUGGUUCCAAACCCUGCUUUUCCUUUGCACAGAAACCAUCCGAAACCUCUGCAAUUCAACAAGACAUUCAACAAUACAUAAAAAAGUUCGAAAAAAAUGUGUUGAAGUCUUCAACAGUGAGAUCAAAUUAUUGCGAACCUCUUGAGUAUAAUUUUCAGUCAUCAACUGAGAGCUUGUUGAUUGAUAGGGUUCUUUUAAAAAGUAGAAUUGAUUCUGGUAAUUUGUUACUAUGUGGUGGUGGUAAUAAAUUGUUGUCAAAAUUUUACGGGAGAGGGAUUUGACUUGGAGGGCAUAGUUCAAGCUAACUCUUUUAUAUGCCUUGUAAUUUUGAUCUUAUCAUUUACACAUGUAUAAAAUCUAAACGUACAAGUGUUUAUCUUUUCAUGUACAAGUACAAAUGUUUGAGCAAUGCAUUCUUUUAUAACAUUUUCACCA